AUGGGUGUGGAAAAACUCCAUGAUCACGACGCACCUUGUGCCGUCUGCUUUGUCGAGUCACGUGGUUCGAUGCUAAUGAUACCAGCACGGAACGACUGUCCCAGUGAAUGGACCGAGGAGUAUCAUGGGUACCUGAUGACUGAACAUUAUAAUCACCAGGGUCAGAAAGAUUUCAUCUGCGUUGACAAAGAUGCUGAGUAUAUCCCUGGCAGCAAAGCGAACCUGAAUGGUGCAUUGUUGUACCCGGUGGAGGGACAUUGUGGCACAUUAUCGUGUGGUCCAUAUGUUCAAGGUCGAGAGUUGACUUGCGCUGUGUGCACCAAGUGAAGGAUCUAAGGACUGUCCUUUCUACAGUGUGUUUCAAUCAACAACAAAUGAUUUAAAAAAAAUAAACUGUGAUGAUUUGAAAAAAGUAGUUCAGGUAGCAUUUUGACACGUAAUCAGCUCGUUUUAAAAUGUUUCCGCCUAGGCGACUGUAGCCGUCUAGGCAACUGUAACUUGCAAGUAAUACAAAUAAAGAUCAGCUGAAAGAUAACGCGAAAAUACUUGAACAUUGUUUUUAAGGAAAAGUAAUAUGUGAGUCAUUCCCAUGUCGUCUCAUGAAGGGAUUUUUACAAUCAGCGUUCCAUAGUAACAACAUUCUUUAGGUCCCCCAGCAGUAUAUCAAAUGUUCGUCAGUCCUUUAUACAUGCUCAUACAGGUAGGUACAAUAAUAAUUUUGACCUGCUUAUUUUGGCAAUUUUCCUAGCCAUUAUACAUGUAUGCCCAAAGCUGAAGACAUCUGAGGCUGCCCUUGCAUAAGGAACCCGGCCAGACCGGGUAGACCGUGGUCAAGGGGGAUAUUUUCCAUGAUACAGAGCUGGAUCAGUAUGUUUAUGACAUGAUUUGAGUCUACUUCUUUCGCUCGCAGGAAUUUAGAUUCUCAAUGAUUCUAUUUGGCAUGCUUUAUUAAAGACUAUUAUUUUAGGUUGCCAAUCACCGAAGUUGCCUUUGAAAAUCAAGAUAUUAUAUAUCACCUUUAAUGUCAUAUGUAAUUAAUUCUCAAGGUUGUCAAGAAGUUUCAUUAGGCUCAAAAUAGAGGGGUUGGUGCUGAAUUUUAAGUACCACAUACAGCUGUAAUGAUUACAGUAGAAGUGGGUAUAACUAUAGAUGAUGGCGGUCUAUAAAAGACACCGACUAGAAAUUUUGAUCCUUGUGAAAGGGAUAAUGAUUUCGCAUCAAAAUAUUUCGCAGUCCGUCUCAAAAUCCAAACGUAUUACACAACCCAGCUCAAUGUUACAAGCGAGCAGAAUUCCACCUCUGUGCCUUGUGCGAUCGCGUCGAUGAACCUGAAAGGAACUAGUAGAUAUUUCGGAGCUCUCAAUUAACUGAUCAAGGCAUGUUUCAGUUAUGGCUACUAGGUCACAUGGUUUGUAGAUCAGCCGACUGAUCAGUUCUCGUCCCUUAUUAGCCACACUCCUGGCAUUGAGAGACCAGCACGACAGUUUCGACUCGCGAGUUGGUUUAUUUUCCCGGCGAGAAUUGCGCCUCAGGACGGGACUUGGGUUUGGAUGUAUUUAUCCCCUGUUAUACUACUACAUGAGAAAUUUCUGCAAUUUGAUUGGCUUAAACUAGUGGUAUUUCAGCUUAAUUUGAAAUACCUACAUGUGAAAAUUACAAUCCUUUUGUGGGUAGUAGUAUAAACAAAUAAUAGCAUGAUUUGUACGUGAUAUUUGGCAUAAAUACCACUUGUGAUAUUUCAAAAUUGUCUCACAUUACAACUUCACGCCGAUUUAAGUGUGUCUUUCAGAAAUGGGCAUAACCGCUGGAUUUUGUACCCUGAAGGCUCAACUUAUUCCUCCGAACUUUCCCUUCGAGAGUGUUCGUUUUGACUCGGUUCAAAGAAGGUGAGAUUUUAUGGCGGAAAACUCAGAAGCGCAUUCAAAGGAAUUGAACAAUGGCUUAAUUAAGCUGCCCAGGGCCGCGAAGUUUUAUAAGUAUCCUUUUGUUCUAAGUGUGUGAAUAAAACUGCAGAGAAUUAUCGCACAUAUUGCGGUAGAAGUCUAUGGAUUUAAGUCUUUCGCAAAACUUCUUCGACUUGGACACGUAUUUUUCAAAAAGGAAAAUUUUGAGAGCUUCAAAAAGAGAUCUUGAACGAGAAAUUUCGACCACUGUGGGCCGCGAUUGGAUUUUUUUUCUUGCCGAGGUUUCGAAGUACAGAGCAAGCCGCUGAAGCAUUUUUUCUCGCCUAUCGCUUAAUAAAAUCCGGCCGAGAGUUAUCCAUUCAUUCAAUCAUAGCAGUUAUUCAUUUCUCCAGAGCAAUGAAACUAUACAAGCAUUUCUACAAAAUUAUUUCGAGGAAUUAUGAACUCCGCAAGUUUUGAUCUGUCGAUUACAGCUCUUGUUUUGAUUUUAGAUGUUUCCCGUCUCACUCGACUACUCCGCGAAUCAAGUUGUCAUGCAAAUCGGUGAACUGACAAUACGCGGUUAUUUCGGGCCCUGCAGUCACGUAACUGAAACGCAAGGUUUUGUUCAACAAAAGAAAACUGAAAGGCAAGCGAAAACGUUCAAAAAAGUGAAAUUACACUCUAAUAAAACUGUGUCAUCCCGUUAAAUGCAUUCACCGCUUGCGUUGUUUACAUUUUGAAAAGAGUUGCUCGCUCUUGAUUGCAGAGCUACUGAAUGAAUAAAACGUUCUAAUAAAUAACUUCCGCAGCAAUUCUUUAAACGCCAAAUUAUUUUCAAGGCAGGAGAGUGUUUAAUAAAAAAUACUAUUGGAGACCAGGCAUUUAAAAGCUUUAAUCAACUUCAAAUUUAUCAGGCUUGUUUCCUUUGUAACACGGUGCGUGACCGAAAAUAUGUUAUGCAACCAGAGUUGUCCGCCAUGCUUAAAAGACUUGUAAGCGUUCCCACAGACUGCAGCAAAUUUAACAGGCAAGUCCGAGUAUUUUAAUGGAUAAAUUUAAUACUCAUCAUGUAACAAUGGGGAUUAAAAAGUCAAUGAAGCAACAAAAUUCAAAACAAAAGAGACAUAUCGCACCUAAAUCAAAGGAAUUCCGCUCGUGGAUUCUUCGGAAGGUAAUCGACAAUGGCAAGAACAAUAGCCUGAAUAUAUGAAUACUUGAUAACCCCAAAAAUUGGGGUACACACUUAAAUCGGCGUGAAGUUGUAAUGAAUUUCACUCGCCUAAAGGCUCGUGAAAUUUCGUAUAACAAUUUCGAAAUAUCACUUGUGGUAUUUAUGCCAAAUAUCACUACAAAUCAUGCUAUUACCUAUACAAAUAGCAUAGCGCCGUAACUGGAAGCAGGCGAGCGAAUUACAAUAGUAAUUCAACUUCCCAUCGUGGUAGCUUCAGCGACGAGAACGAGGAGUUGAUAAAGAACAAAAAUGGCGGUGUUCAGAUUUCUCAAGGCCGAUUGUAA